GUGGACAUUUUAAGUAAAACGAGAAUCCGGCAUUUCGUUCCGGCGGCCACAAGUUGGGGAAGAGAACAAAGAGGUUCGAAAGUUGAAUAUUUUUAUUCAAUUUUAAAUACAUUUUUUAAAAUCAAUAUUUUAUCAAAAUGGCGGACAUAAAUGGUGAAGGCGAUCCUUUAGGCGAAGAAAUUGAAACAAGAGAGAAUGGUGAACAUAACGAAGAAUUACCAGAAGGUGCCGUUGACGAUACGGGCGAAGAACAGAAUAUCGAAGAUCCCGAACUCGAAGCUAUAAAAGCCAGAGUAAGGGAAAUGGAAGAAGAAGCUGAAAAGUUAAAACAAAUGCAGAGUGAAGUCGAGAAACAAAUGAGUAUGAGUCCUCCAGGUGCGUUACUUGGUUUAUCACUUGAAGAAAAAAUGGAAGUUGAUGGAAGAUCGGUUUAUGUGGGCAAUGUUGAUUAUGGAGCAACUGCUGAAGAAUUGGAACAACAUUUUCACGGCUGUGGUUCUAUAAAUCGUGUGACAAUUUUAUGUGACAAGUACUCAGGUCAUCCUAAAGGGUUUGCAUAUGUUGAAUUUGCGGACAAAGAUUCUAUUCAGACUGCUAUGGCGUUAGAUGAAUCACUUUUUAGAGGAAGACAAAUUAAGGUAAUGCCAAAAAGAACGAAUCGACCGGGAAUUAGUACCACAAAUAGACCACCAAGAGGACGUUAUCGAGGAGGUGGGAGACCAUAUACUCGAGGGGCUUAUUUUGGAUAUCGUCCAACCAGAAGGCCAUACAGAAGGAGCACUUCUGGACAAGCAUUCUUUAAAGUUUAAUCCCUUUAAUCUGAAGUCGGAGAGCAUGGUAUCAUCCUUAUUGAGAAUGGGUUAAAUAUAAAUUCAGGAACUUCGACAACUCAAACUUCUCCAUUGUGAGUUUGUAGACCUGGAAUCCUUCUGACAUGUAAAAACUUUUUGAUCUUAUUGGCAAUGUAUAUCAUGCCAUAGAAUUACACUCGUUUUAGUAGUAGUAUGAAAUAUGAUCAGCAUGUUAUGGGUCAGUUUCCCAGGUUGUGUGCAUGUUAUUGCAAAAUUGGGAAAAUGAUUUUUUUUAUAAGUUUGAGUGCGUGGUAUCAUGUUGCAAUAACUUGCAACAAUUUAAUAAGAUCUUUUUCAUUCUUAAAUUCGUACUCGUUUAAUUUUUACUUAAUUUAAUAUUAUCAAACACUGGUAAUAUUGAAUAGGGAAUUGAUCGAUAGCACGUCAAUAUGCUGUAAUGCUUGGAUAUAUAUUAGUGUAGUCAGUUUAGUAAUAAUUGCUCAAUUUCGAGAUGAUUUUUAAAAAAAAAAUGUAAGAAUUUGUCCAGAAGUUGGUUAGACAAGAAAAUAUUUGCAUUUUUUUUUUUGUUUUGUUUUUUUUUUUUUUAUGUUUUAAAAUGUUUAAUUUUAAAAAUGUAUAUCUAAUUAGCAUAUAAUUUUUGUUUUGUCUGCAGAGUGUAAAGUAGCCCAUCUUUCAUUACAUCAAUAAUUUCAUUGUAUAGUCUACACUUAAUAUACAUCUGGGCAAAUUUUUCGUUUCGUGAUAACUGCUUUCCACUCUGCAGUCGUGUUUACUCAUGGUUUUCAGAAUCUUCUUUUCCAGGCCUCCACGCUGCAGAACUUAACUCUCCAGCAGCUUUUCCAUCUUCCUUACUUUUUCAUAAAUGUAAAAAAUGAAAAUAAAAAAAGAUGUAAAAAAUUGUCGAAUAAAAAUAUGAAAUAUGUGGAAA